ACCACAUCAACCACAACAACAAACUGGACCUCAAGGGUCCAAUCCAAUCCAAUUUACUUUCUUUCUCUCUCUCUCUCUAAUUCCACCUCUCUUAAAAAAGGUCCCAAUCACUGCCCAAGACCCAAAGGGCCAAUUACUGAUCGGGUUCAAAGCCCAAUUCCCUCUCUCCUCUGCUUUCUCUCUCUCCUCUCUCUGAGAAACCCUAGAUCUCGCGCACCUGCGAAGGAGAUGAAGAUCGAUCUUUGAGCCUCUGUUUGUAGCAACUGUUUCUGGGUCUUUCUCAGAAUCACUGAUUGUGCAAGUAAGAAGCCUUAAUUUUGACCCAAACCCUUGUUUCUGGAAGGUCUUCGCUUCUGAUUAUAAGAUGGCAACCCUUGCUGAGAACAACGAAUUCCCUAUUGAAAAUAAUGAACUGGCCCUUGCAGAAACACCGGAGCCAGAGAACAAUAUUGAAGAAGAAACGCCGCAGCCUAACAAACGGAGAAAAAAGAAGUCCGUAGUUUGGGAACACUUCACUAUAGAAAACGUGGGGGCCGGAUGCAGAAGGGCAUGCUGUAAGCAGUGUAAGCAAUCGUUCGCAUACAGUACUGGUUCAAAAGUAGCGGGUACGAGCCACCUCAAACGUCACAUCGCCAAGGGUUCUUGUCCAGUUGUCCUGCGGAACCAGGGGAACACUCCAAUGGCUCCGCACAGCGCACCAUCGAAGAUGAACGAAAUAUGGAGCGAUGUUAAUAAUACGCCGAAACGACGAUACAGAACCACGGGUUCGCCUUAUGUUGGGUUUGAUCCUGACCGUUGCCGCCACGAGAUAGCUAGGAUGAUCAUCAUGCACGACUACCCCCUGCACAUGGUUGAACACCCUGGAUUCGUCGCUUUCGUCCAGAAUCUUCAGCCGCGGUUUGAUAUGGUUAGUUUCAGUACGGUCCAAGGGGAUUGCGUGGCGACCUACUUAAGAGAAAAGCAAGGUCUUCAGAAGUUGAUUGAGGGAAUACCAGGACGAAUUUGCCUUACUUUAGAUUUGUGGAAUUCAAGUCAAACCACGGGUUACAUGUUUCUGACCGGGCACUUCAUUGAUACUGAUUGGAAGUUGCAUAGGAAGAUUCUCAACGUCGUGAUGGAACCGUAUCCUGAUUCAGAUUCUGCUUUUGGACAUGCUGUUUCCGCGUGCCUUUCGGAUUGGAGUAUGGAGGGGAAGUUAUUCUCUCUCACUAUAAAUCAACCUUUGAGCGAGGCUGGAAUUGGCAAUCUUAGGUCUUUACUCUCGCUAAAGAACUCUUUGAUGCUGAACGGUCAAUUAUUGGUCGGUAGUUGCCUUGCUCGUACUUUAAGCAGUAUAGCUGUAGAAGCGUUGAAAACGGCUCAUGAAACCGUUAGGAAGAUUAGGGACAGCGUGAAGUACGUGAAGACAUCUGAAUCCCAUGAGGACAAAUUCAACGAGCUGAAGCAACGGCUUCAAGUUCCUAGCAUGAAAACCCUAGCUCUCGAUGACCAAACAAGAUGGAAUACGUCGUAUGAGAUGUUGGUUUCCGCUUCUGAAUUGAAGGAAGUGUUCUCUUGCUUGGAUGCCUCUGAUUCGGGUUACAUAGAAGCCCCAUCUGCGGAGAUCUGGAAGCAAGUAGAGAUUCUAUGCACUUACUUGAAACUGCUCUUUGAUUCUGCGACCAUCCUAACGGGUCCCUCUAUCUCGACGACCAACGUUUUUUUCCACGAGGUGUGGAAGAUUCAACUGGAGCUAGCACGCGGGGUCCAGAGCGAUGAUCCCUUUAUAAGCAACCUUACUAAACCGAUGCAAGAGAAAUUCGACAAGUACUGGAAGGAUUGUUGUUUGGUUUUGGCCAUCGCGGUGGUCAUGGAUCCUAGGUUCAAAAUGAAGCUUGUGGAAUUUAGUUUCACGAAGAUCUACGGUGACGAUGCUUCAAACUAUGUGAGGCUUGUCGAUGAGGGAAUCCAUGAACUCUUUCACGAGUACCUGACCGUGUCGCUUCCUCUGCCACUGACCCCUACUUAUAUGGAAGAAGCAAACGGCGGGACUCCCAAGCAUGAGGAGGCCCAAGCAAGGACACUCCUCUCGCACGACGAGCUAGGGCUAACGGACUUCGACAUGUAUAUUAUGGAGACGACGAGCCAUCAGUCUAGAUCCGAGUUGGACCAAUAUCUGGAGGAGUCUCUGCUGCCUCGCGUCCACGAGUUUGACGUUUUGGGGUGGUGGAAGCUGAACAAGAACAAGUACCCGACUCUCUCGAAGAUGGCCAGGGAUAUCCUGACGAUCCCGGUGUGUACUCUGGGCCCCGACUCGAUCUUCGAUACGAUGAGAAAAGAGAUGGAUGGCUACCGGUGUUCUCUGCGACCGGAGACGGUGGAGGCUCUCAUUUGCGCCAAGGAUUGGCUCAUGUGCGAGCCGGCAGAGGUGUCGAACGCGCUUGUGAAAAUGGAAUUCCCAAUUUAGUAACUAGUAUCUUACUUUUCUUUCUUUCUAUCUCUCUUGCCAGGUUGUGUGUCCUUGCUUAUUGAUAAAUUGUAGGUUGAGACCCUUUUUUUUUCCCUUAGACUUGUAAAAUGAUUUUCCUUCUUUCUUCAUUCUUGGUACUAGAUGUUUGAGCAGUGAACAGGAGAAGUGACUACCGUUAUAUGUGACCGUUGGGGUGAUGCAUGGACAUUGAUUAGAGUUUGCUUCUCAUCUGUUAACAUUUUUUGAGUUGUUGCC